AUGGUUGGUUUCCCAAGGUUUUCCUUCCCGCGGUUUCCCACCGAAUUUUGGGGUAGAGAUUGCCGGGCAGGUGAGAGUUUGAAGCAGGGGUGGCCGCGCAGGGUGAGAAGAUUGCUUCCUCGUUCCGCCCUUUCUCCUCGUUCCGCCCUUUCUCCUCGUUUCGCCCUUUCUCCUCGUUCCGCCCUUUCUCCUCGUUCCGCCCUUUCUCCUCGUUCCGCCCUUUCUCCUCGUCCCGCCCUUUCUCCUCGUUCCGCCCUUUCUCCUCGUUCCGCCCUUUCUCCUCGUUCCGUCCUUUCUCCACGUUCCGCCCUUUCUCCUCGUUCCGCCCUUUCUCCUCGUUCCGCCCUUUCUCCACGUUCCGCCCUUUCUCCUCGUUCCGCCCUUUCUCCUCGUUCCGCCCUUUCUCCUCGUUCCGCCCUUUCUCCUCGUUCCGCCCUUUCUCCUCGUUCCGCCCUUUCUCCUCGUUCCGCCCUUUCUCCUCGUUCCGCCCUUUCUCCUCGUUCCGCCCUUUCUCCUCAUUCCGCCCUUUCUCCUCAUUCCGCCCUUUCUCCUCAUUCCGCCCUUUCUCCUCGUUGCGCCCUUUCUCCUCGUUGCGCCCUUUCUCCUCAUUCCGCCCUUCCUCCCCAUCCCCCACUGUUCACCCCACGGUUUCCCCAUCCCUUACUAUUCACCCUCCGCUCCCCACGCGCACCAUCCCCCACUUAUCCCUUGUAUUCACCUCCCCCCACUGCUCCCCUCUAUUCACCUUCCCGCACCUCUGCACUCGUCGUUCCCUCCCUUGCUCUGCACUCGUCGUUCCCUCCCUUGCUCUGCACUCGUCGUUCCCUCCCUUGCUCUGCACUCGUCGUUCCCUCCCUUGCUCUGCACUCGUCGUUCCCUCCCUUGCUCUGCACUCGUCGUUCCCUCCCUUGCUCUGCACUCGUCGUUCCCUCCCUUGCUCUGCACUCGUCGUUCCCUCCCUUGCUCUGCACUCGUCGUUCCCUCCCUUGCUCUGCACUCGUCGUUCCCUCCCUUGCUCUGCACUCCUCACAACACAUGCGUGCCAUCCCGCCAGUCCCUCACUCACACCACACUUGCCAUCCCGCCAACCCCUAUGCUAAAACCUCUCCUCUCCUCUGUUCACCUCCUCUCCUCCCCUCUGUUCAACUCCUCUCCUCCCCUCUCUUCACCUCCUCUCCUCCCCUCUCUUCACCUCCUCUCCUCCCGUGGUCUGUUCAACUCCUCUCCUCCCCUCUGUUCACCUCCUAUCCUCCCCUCUGUUCACCUCCUCUCCUCCCCUCUGUUCACCUCCUAUCCUCCCCUCUGUUCACCGCCUCUCUGUUCCUCUGUUCACCUCCUCUCCUCCCCUCUGUUCACCUCCUCUCCUCCCCUCUGUUCACCUCCUCUCCUCCCCUCUGUUCACCUCCUCUCCUCCCCUCUGUUCACCUCCUCUCCUCCCCUCUGUUCACCUCCUCUCCUCCCCUCUGUUCACCUCCUCUCCUCCCCUCUGUUCACCUCCUCUCCUCCCCACCACUUGCCACCUCUGCCACAAUUUCAGAACCCGCCACACGCCAUCCCCUCGCACCGGCCAUCCCGCCAUCCGUCCCUCCUCCCCACCCCACCCCACCGCACCCCACCUGUGCAGGUGGCAUUCUCUCAACCUUCAUCUCCCCUGCCCUCCUCUCUCCGUCCUUUUCCUCACCUGAAGCCCUUCCUUCUCUCUCUUCUCUCAAACGGUCCUUCGUGGUAAAGGACGGGCUGGGCUAUGCAGCCGAGCUGGUGCAGCUGUCCCUCGCUAAGAGGGACGAUGGGGCCCUGCAUGCCGAGCUCGUCCGCUGCCAAGGCCUCGUUGUCACAGUCACGUCACACAACCACACUCUCUCCCUCUCUUUCCCCCCUCUCUUCCCUCUCUCCCUCCCUCCCUUUCUCUCUUCCCUCUCUCGCUUCCCUCCCUCUCUUCCCUCUCUCCCUCCCUUUCUCUCUUCCCUCUCUCGCUUCCCUCCCUCUCUUCCCUCUCUCUUCCCUCUCUCGCUUCCCUCCCUCUCUUCCCUCUCUCCCUCCCUUUCUCUCUUCCCUCUCUCGCUUCCCUCCCUCUCUUCCCUCUCUCCCUCUCUUCCCUCUCUCUCUCUCUCUUUCUCUCUUCCCUCUCUCGCUUCCCUCCCUCUCUUCCCUCUCUCCCUUCCUUUCUCUCUUCCCUCUCUCGCUUCCCUCCCUCUCUUCCCUCUCUCCCUCCCUUUCUCUCUUCCCUCUCUCGCUUCCCUCCCUCUCUUCCCUCUCUCCCUCCUGCAGGCAAUGCUGUACGCGGUGGGGCUGGGAAAAGGCGCCAUCCCAGCAGCAGCCGCGGUCAACUGGGCAAUGCUGUACGCAGUGGGGCUGGGCAAGGGCGCCAUCCCAGCAGCAGCCGCGGUCAACUGGGUCCUAAAAGACGGGCUGGGCUACGCUGCAAAAGUCACGCUCUCCCAGUUCGGCCGCCAUUUCGACGUCUCCCCCAAGCGCUCGCGCCUGCUCUCCGACCUCGUUGAGAACCUCUCCGCCUCCCUCGAGCUCCUCACAGCCACCUUCCCGCAGUACUUCGUCCAGCUGGCCGCUGCAGCCGGGGCAGGGUUCUCUGCUUCCAGCCUCGUGCAGAGUGCCACGAGAAACCGGUUUUACGCCGGGCUGGCAGGCAGAAGAAAUUUCGCCGAGAAUCUCUCCGCUUCCCUCGAGCUCCUCACGGCCACCUUCCCGCAGUACUUCGUUCAGCUGGCCGCCGCUGCCGGGGCGGGGUUCUCUGCCUCGAGCCUCGUGCAGAGUGCCACGAGAAACCGGUUUUACGCCGGGCUGGCAGGCAGAAGAAACUUUGCCGAGGUGCUAGCACGUGCAGAGGCACAGGGCAUGGUGAGCAAGACAUUGGGGAUGGCCCUGGGUAUCGCCAUCGCUCCACACGUCUUGGCGCGGGCAGAGGCACAAGGCAUGGUGAGCAAGACAUUGGGGAUGGCUCUAGGCAUCGCCAUUGCUCCUCACGUAGGCACCAGGGGUCAUCUGCUGUGGCUGAUCCACGCAUGCCCUGCUGUCCGGCCCACCCAUGUGAUUGUACUUCACUUUCUGCUCCUCCCCUUCCUCUCCCCACAGGUGCUAGCACGUGCAGAGGCACAGGGCAUGGUGCUAGCACGCGCAGAGGCACAGGGCAUGGUGAGCAAGACAUUGGGGAUGGCACUAGGCAUCGUCGUUGCUCCUCACGUGGGCAUCCGGGGCCCUCUACUGUGGGCAACUCAUGGCCUGCUGUCCGCCGCCCACCUGUUUUGCAACUACCGCUCGUACAAGGCCGUUCAACUCAGGACGCUCAACCCCUUCAGAGCAGAUAUUGUCCUGGCAGAGUACGUGACCAAUGGCAGGGUGCCAGGUGUCAUCGAAGCGUCCCCUCCACCUCUCCCCGGCACAGGUAGCGAGAACUGGAUUGAGUUCGGAGUGCCCUUGGCAAGUAGGCAGCAGUGGCUCACACAGACAGACGUCUCAACACUCCCUUACUCCCAUUCCACCCGAACCCCCUCCCCUCCUCCCCUUUCCAGGCCUCUCCCCCUCCUCGUCCAGGCACAGGCAGCGUCUCCUCCACCCCUUCCCGGCACAGGGAGUGAGAACUGGAUCGAAUUUGGGGUGCCCUUGGCCGCAGUGGCGCACACAGAGCGGGAGGCUGAGACCAUGGCUGAUAUAUUCCGAGGAGAGAAGUACCUGCUUGGGCGGGACGAGCGUACGGGGCAGAUGCAGUGGGAGGAGGCAGAGGCGGUGGCUGGGAUGGGAUAUGCCGAGGAGAGAAGUACCUCCUUUGACAGGACGAGCGUAGUGUUGAAGGAGGGGGCCCUCCCAAAGGACUUCCUCCGAGCGGCCCUACAAGCCGCCUACCUCCGCACGCUCUCUCCACACGUCCUCUGCCCCACCAUCCACUCUUUCUACCCACCAUCCAUGCAGGUAGUGUUGAAGGAAGGAGCAGUCCCUCGGGACUUCCUCAGAGCGGCCCUGCAAGCCGCCUACCUCCGCACUCUAUCUCCACACGUCCUCUGCCCCACCAUUCAUUCCCUCGCCCCCCAAGCGCGCACCCACGUCCAAGCCCGCGCCGCCGAGUUUUCCUCCUUGGGGAAGCAGAUCAAGGUAGUGUUGAAGGAGGGGGCACUCCCAAGGGAUUUCCUCAGAGCGGCCCUGCAAGCCGCCUACCUCCGCACGCUCUCUCCACACGUCCUCUGCCCCACCAUCCACUCUCUCGCACCCCAAGCGCGCACCCACGUCCAAGCCCGCGCAGCCGAAUUCGCUUCCUUGGGGAAGCUAGAGGUGCUGCAUGCUUCGUAUGACCGCAUGGCUGCGGGGUUUGAUGGCACGUGGUCGCAGAGCAGAUGCAGCAGAUGUGGAAGGUGGAGUGGGUUGGUGGAGCGGGGGAGAGGGGGAGGGAAGGGGGGGGAGGCUGAGGUGAGUAGCGGUAGGGGAGGGGCGACUAGGGGAGGGGCGACUAGGGGAGGGGCGACUAGGGGAGGGGCGACUAGGGGAGGGGCGACUAGGGGAGGGGCGACUAGGGGAGUAGGGGAGGGGCGACUAGGGGAGGGGCGACUAGGGGAGGGGCGACUAGGGGAGGGGCGACUAGGGGAGGGGCGACUAGGGGAGGGGCGACUAGGGGAGGGGCGACUAGGGGAGGGGCGACUAGGGGAGGGGCGACUAGGGGAGGGGCGACUAGGGGAGGGGCGACUAGGGGAGGGGCGACUAGGGGAGGGGCGACUAGGGGAGGGGCGACUAGGGGAGGGGCGACUAGGGGAGGGGCGACUAGGGGAGGAGAGACCAGGGGAGGAGCGGCAGGGAGGAGCAACCUGGGUGGGAGGGGGACGUGCGGCCGAGGGUGGUACGGCCGGGGGAGGGAGGAACUAG